CGUGUCAGACAUGAAUAGUGAUUAGUAUCGAAUAUUAAUCGUUUAUUUGAGAAGUUUGAAAAUAGUGAUGUUAGAAAUACAUAUAUCUGCUGCUUGCCACACGUUUCCCUUGGCAUAAGAAUGAGCUGGCAUAAAUUGCUCGUUGGUUGGAAAAAAAACUAAACUUUUCUCAAUUUUUAUCAAACGUCAACCUUAAAAAAAUUUAAAUGCAAGGAAAAGAAAAACAGUGAAGGUGUUUAUAAUUAUAACAAAAAAGGAAACAUAGAUCUUGAAACAUUCAAACGUUGUAACGUCGCAAAAGGGCUCUAUGUACUCCAUAUCGGUUUUCUUGAAUGAUACUUUAGUUUACAAAAAUCUUGUCUCAACCUAUCAGAAGAGGAACAAGUCUGCAAUUUAUAAGUUUAUUACUCAAUAUUGGUAUCAUGCGCAACGAAAUUACAGCAGCAGUACUGUUCUUAGUACAGCUGAUAGAAAAAAACGAAAAAUUUAGUCCCGAUCAAUUGGAAUGUUUCAAGCAACAUUUAGUUGAAUUGUUGACGGAACGUUUUAAAAAUCAUUGGUUUCCGGAUAAGCCAUUCAAAGGUCAAGGUUAUCGUUGCAUACGUGUUAAUGGGCAUAAUAGAAGGGAUGCAACAUUGGAGAGUGCGGCUAAUGCUGCCGGAGUUAAGUACGAAGAUUUGUCUCUCCCAGUAGAGCUGACGCUUUGGGUUGAUCCUAACGAAGUUUGUUGUCGUUUUGGAGAAAGUAAGGGUUCAUAUUGCACAUUGGCAUCAUUCGAUGAUAAAGAAAAUACCGUACCAAUUUUUCAAAAAAAUCAUCAAGCAGAAAAAGAAAAUAAACAAUCCGAGAGGCAAACAAAAAUGCUGAAAACCCCAUUAGUUCCUACUAUGGAAGAACAACAUGAAGUUAAACCUUUGAGCUCUGCGAAUCAAAAUCAACAUCAUAACAGUACUGGUACAGGUAGGAAGCGCAAUUUGAACAGUCCCAGACUCCAUGUUAACAGAAAUCGUACUUGGUUUGGUCACUCCUUUGGCAUGGGUUAUGGACCCCAUACAAUUACUCAUCCGUGGUAUAAUAUCGUGCCACCUCCUUUUUUGAGUGGCCCAUCUCCACCUCCCUUCAUGGGCCAUCGGGGAAACAAAUGGAUUCCUACUUCUUAUCCCGCUGGCCCAACCCGUUUUCAUCACUGGUCUCCGAAAGCUACUCUUAAAGUAUAAACAAAUUUGAUGCAGAUAUAAAUAUAAGAAAUCUGUUCCUUUAUUAUUACUAUUAUUAUUACUAUUAU